CUGCGCAUGCAUAUUAUUCGUGACUAAAAAUAAGGACUUAACCCAAUCUUGGGGCCGAGACAGAUAGUCGCGUACAAUUUAAUUCUGCAGUCUGAAAAAUGGCGUGGUUAUGUGCCCGUAGCGUCCUUCAAACGUGUCGACGGCCGAUUUCCUACAGCCUCGCGUGUGCUCAAAAAAAAUUCGCCGAUUCCCUGGAUCAUGCCACUGGUUUGGAAAAGAGGGAGAUGCUCGCCCGUUUAGCCGGUAACGAUGAUCCCUACAAUUUGACUAUAAAACGACGACCAGAUAGUACAAAGGAGAAUCCUAAUAUAGUCUAUAGCGCAUUUGAGAGUCGUAUAAUGGGAUGUAUUUGUGACGAGGAUGCAUUGCACGUAAAUUGGAUGUGGUUGCAUCAAGGUCCUCCACGUCGCUGCGAGUGUGGCCAUUGGUUUAAGUUGGUUGAGAAAGCACCUAUAUAAUAUACUUAAGGAUGAACUAGUGGGUUGUUUUUGACAUAGAAUUAAUAUUAUAUUAGACAGUAAUUACAUCUAUUAUCAUUUAUUACCAUAUUCUCCUUGUGUAUCCUAUCCAAAAACAAAAAAAAAUAAGAAAUCUUUCAUUGUAUGGGAACUGCAAAAAUAAACAAAUAUUGUAAA